UUUGCGGGGGGAGGACGUCGCGCAUGCGCGGUCCGGAGCGAGGCCGGGGACCCGUAUUUCCGGGUUCCCGCGAUGGAGGAGGAGGAAGAGUACGAGUCGGUGCUGUGCGUCAAACCCGAGGUCCUCGUCUACCGCGUGCCCCCCAGGGCCUCCAACCGGGGCUUCCGGGCGGCGGAGUGGCAGCUCGACCAGCCGGCCUGGAGCGGGCGCAUGCGCAUCACGGCCAAGGGGAAGGCGGCCUACAUCAAGCUGGAGGACAAGACUUCCGGCGAGCUCUUUGCGGUGGCGCCGGUGGAGGAGUUCCCCAGCCCAGCCGUGGAGGGAGUGUCAGACUCCAGCCGGUACUUUGUGAUCCGGAUCGAGGAUGGGAAUGGGCGCCGGGCCUUCAUUGGCGUGGGCUUCGUGGACCGUGGAGACGCCUUUGACUUCAACGUGGCCCUGCAGGACCAUUUCAAGUGGGUCAAACAGCAGGGCGAGCUGGCCAAGCAGGCCCAGAACCCAGACCAGGGCCCCAAGCUGGACCUGGGCUUCAAAGAGGGGCAGACCAUUAAACUCAACAUCGCGAACGUGAAGAGGAAGGAGGGCCCCGCAGGGAGCAAGGCGCGCUCAGGCCCCGCCGGAUUGCUGCCACCGCCUCCAGGGACCAAGCCCGGGUCCCUCCCGUCUCCUUUCGGCUCCUCUGCAGCACUGCCUUCCGCAGGGGCCUCCCAAUCUGCAGAUGUCCCUUGGCCCCCGCCAUCGCUGCCUCGGAGUUCCACAGUGGACGCCGCUGCCACUGACUUCUGGGGGGAUUUCGCCAAAGCAUCUGGGUCUGCGCUCAGCCAACCCGCUGCUGCUGCUCCUCCGUCGGAUUCGGACUGGGUCCAGUUCUGAGCCUUGCGCUCCUCCUCCGCCUUCGAUUCCCGGUUUGGACCAAAGAGGCGGACAGAAGAAGAGCCGGUGGCCAGUUGGCUGACCUCUGGGCAUUUCGGGGUCCCUUUGGACUAGGGCGGGAGCCUUCUUUGGGGCCUUCUCCCUUCCCUUUUCCUGACCAAAGAGCCUUGCUGCAGCGUGGUGGGUCCACCCACCAACCAGUAAACAAUGGAAGAAUGACGGGUCUCUCUUUGCCGUGGUGACGAUGCCCGAGCCCUUCCCAAGACAAAAGUGCCUUCUCCUCGGGCCUUCCUUCUUUGCACACUCCCCGCUUGCUGUGGUAUAGAUAGAUCAUAGAUAUAUCAGGCCUUGGGCCUAGUUGGGCCUUCCCUCCCUCUCGCUGUUUUGGACUCCAACUCCCACAAUUCCUAACC